AUGGGAAUCCGCAAACAUCUGCCACUAGACCGUCGGAUUCGGCAUCAAAUAGUUGGUAUUUAUUUAGCGCGCACGGAAAACCUCAGCCAAGCGUCUGGCAAGCUGGACUCGUUUGAAUCCUUUGGUCAGACUAUCGCGAUACGACUGAAAGAACUUCCUGCACAUAUUGCGUACAAGAAGAUAAAACUGCUGACGGAUAUCUUAUCUCGGAUAUCGUUCUGGCUUGGCACCUACUGUGAAAGAUCCGCUUGGGUACCUGAUGAGCGCGAUAUCACCCGCACUAUACCUUAUUCUCUUUCUGGUUAG